AUGCCACCCCGCCGCUCCGCCCGAGCCGCAGCAGCAGCAGCCACCGUGCCGACUCCUACCCCGCCUCCAGCUCCCGCACCCAAGAAGCGCGCUGCCAAGAACAAGGCACCAACACCCACACCUUCCCCGUCUCCAGCGCCAGUACCAGCGGCAGCAGCAGCGAAGAACACUCAGCCUCUCAAAGCAUGCCGCAUCGUCAUCGGAUUUCCUGGCAAGCUCGGCGCCGACCUCGAGAAGCAGGUGAUCAAACUCGGCGCCAAGACGUCCAACAACGUCACUAAGACGGUCACACACCUCAUCGCCAACACGGCCGACAUUACCGCAGGCUCGGCCAAGGUUGACCGGGCUAAGAUGUUUGGUAUUCCGGUUGUUGAUGAGCGCUGGGUAGACGCUUGCGAGGAAGAGGGCGAGGAGGUCGAUACGGCCAAGUACGUCGCCCUCGCCGCUGGCAGUACCAACGGUACUGCCAACGGUACUGUCAACGGUUCGGCCCCAGUUACGAAUGGGAACGGAAAGAAGAGGGCGGCAGAGAGCGAUGACGAGGACGAGGACAUCAAACCUGCCAAGCGCGGGAAGAAGGCCCAAAAACCCCAGGCCUCCGGCGCUGUUGUGUCUACCAAGCUUCAGGACGAGGCCGACAAGGUCGCGGACAGGGCCGACUCGUCCGGCCAGAAGGCCAAGAAGACCAAGGGCUUCAACGUCCCCCUCGACGAUCACUGUACCCUCGUCAACUACAAGGUGUACAUUGACGACGACGGGACCAUCUACGACGCAAACCUGAACCAGACCAACGCUGGUAACAACAACAACAAGUUCUACCGCGUGCAGCUCCUGCACCGCGGUACCUCGUACAAGACGUGGACUCGGUGGGGCCGCGUCGGCGAAAUGGGCCAGAGCAGUAUUCUCGGCGGCGGCACUCUCCCGGACGCCCUCACUAACUUCAACAAGAAGUUCAAGGACAAGUCGGGGCUGAACUGGGCGCAGCGCAACGACAACCCCAAGCCCAAGAAGUACACAUUCAUUGAGAAGAGCUACGACGACGACUCGGAUGACGAGGCUGGUGACGAUGUCAAGGAGGAAGAGGACGAGGAGGAAUGGGUUCCUCCAGAGUCCAAGCUGGAUCUGCCCACCCAGGAGCUGAUGGCCCUCAUCUUCAACGCCAAGUACAUGAACGCGGCCAUGGCCGACCUCAACUACGACGCAAAUAAGAUGCCACUCGGCAAGCUCUCCAAGUCGACCAUCUUAAAGGGCUUCCAGGUUCUCAAAGACCUCGCGUCGCUUUUUGAUGACAACUCACUCGCCCAGUCGGUGUACGGAACGGCGUACGGGUCUGCCGUUGAGAUGCUCUCCAAUCGCUUCUACUCGUACAUCCCCCACGACUUUGGCCGCAAUCGCCCGCCCAUCAUCAACAACGAGAUUAUGCUCAAGAGAGAGGUUGAGCUUCUCGAGUCGCUCGGAGACAUGAAGGAGGCGGCAGCCAUCAUGAAGGCGGAGCGGCCCAAGGACACCAUGCACGUCUAUGACCGCCAGUUCGACUCGCUGGGCAUGGAGGAGAUGUCGGUGCUGGACAAGGAGUCGACCGAGUUCAAGGAGCUCAGCGCGUACCUCUUGAACAGCAAGGGCGCGACCCACGCCGUCAACUACAAAGUUGAGGAUAUCUUCCGCAUCGAGCGUGCGGGCGAGACGAAGCGCUUUGACGAGAGCAUCUACCCCACCAUCCCCUCCGACCGUCGCCUUCUGUGGCACGGCUCGCGUGCGACCAACUUUGGCGGUAUUUUGUCGCAAGGUCUUCGCAUCGCUCCUCCCGAGGCGCCCGUCUCUGGCUACAUGUUUGGUAAGGGUAUCUACCUCGCGGACAUGUCCUCCAAGUCGGUCAACUACUGCUGCUCGUAUCUCUCGGAUAGAACAGCGCUCCUUCUCCUCUGCGAGGCUGAGCUUGGUGACCCUCUCCAGACGCUCACCGAUGCCUCGUACACCGCUGGCGACACUGCCAAGGCUGGGGGCAUGUACUCGACGUGGGGCCAGGGCAAGGUGGGCCCAUCCAAGUGGAAGUGUGCCGGCGAGGCGCACGAGUCGCUCAAGGGCAUCAAGAUGCCCGACAUCUCGACGCCACCUGGCGACACCAAGGUCCCAGACGCAUACUUGAUGUACAAUGAGUACAUCACGUACGAUGUCAACCAGGUCAAGCUGCGCUACCUGUUCCGCGUCAAGACGUAG